AUGAUUUUCUUUAACCAAUCUUCUCCCUGCGACACCACCAUCUCCUUUGUCCUACCUCUCAUCGCGAUAGUCCUACUCGUCAUCGCGCUCUGCAUUCUCUACGCCACAGUUAAGAUCGCGGACACGCUGCAGCGCACCUCUGACCAGCUGAUCCAUAUUCCCAAGCCAGGGAAGGAGCUCUCGCCGCAGGUCGCGACGCCUUCCGAGCCAUCAGCGCCCGCUGUCGCUUCCGGCAGCGCAGCAGCACCACCGUCCGCUUCCAGGCGUGAAGCGGCGAAGCGCUCCGCUGCCGAGAAGAUUGGUCCGUCGCUCACUUCCCGCCGCGAAACGGUGAAGCGCUCCCCUGCCGAGCAGCCGGAAACAUUGCCAGUCUCCAGGCAUGAAGAAGAGUUGAGGCGUCCUCAUGCUGAUAGGACUGAUUCACGCCCGGUUCGCUACUCAGCCCGCUCUGCAGUACCAUGGCUCGGUUUCGGCCGCGAAAUGCCAAAUCUCUUGCUCGAUGGGCCGACCCUAGGGCAGUUGUUUAGAACAUACUUUGAUAUGCUCGCUGAAGAAUAUGGAGGCUAUCGAGACCAUCAGCGUCGCAACAGGGAGCAGGACCUUUUGUGA